AUGUCGUCCCACCCGCCGGUGAGCCCAAAGCUGUCGCGGGACCGCGCGCCGGGCGGCGGCGACGGCGGCCGCUGCACCAUCGUGGUCAAGGUCGGGACCUCGUCCAUCCUGCGCGGCGACUCGGGCACGCUCGCCCUCUCGACGCUCGCGUGCCUCGUCGAGACGCUGGCGACGCUGCGUGCGCGCGGGCACGACGUGGUGCUCGUCUCCUCGGGCGCGGUCGGCGUCGGCUGCCAGCGGCUCGGGCUCGCCGAGCGGCCCAAGCGGCUCGCCGAGCUGCAGGCGAUGGCCGCCAUCGGCCAGCCGCACCUCAUGCGCUACUACGACGAGUUCUUCUCCGCGCUGCGCCAGCCGAUCGCGCAGGUCCUCCUCUCCGCCGACGCGCUCGACUCGCGCUCGGGCUACCGCAACGCGCAGGCCACGCUCGACGAGCUGCUUCGGCGCGGCGUCAUCCCGGUCGUCAACGAGAACGACUCGGUCGCAAUCUCGGAGCUGCGGUUCGGCGACAACGACACGCUCUCCGCCCUCGUCGCCGUGCUCGUCGGCGCGUCGCACCUCUUCCUCGCGACCGACGUCGACGCGCUCUACACCGCCAACCCGCACGUCGCGCCGCCGCCGGGCCAGCCUCCGGCGGAGCCGAUCCGAGAGGUGGCCGACGUGUGUGAGGCGCUGGCGAGGGCGGAGGAGGCGGCGGCCGGGGGCGGAGGCAGCGGGUCCGCGUGGGGGACGGGCGGCAUCGCCACCAAGCUGCGCGCCGCGCGGCUGGCCGCCGCCGCGGGCGUCACCACCGUCAUCCACUCGGCGCAGGAGCCCGGCGCGGUGGCGGCGGUGCUCGGCGGAGCCUGCGACGUCGGCACCCGCAUCCUGCCGCAGCCACCGUGCGAUCGGAGCCGUAGGCGCUGGCUGCUCGCGCUUCCGCCCGCCUCUGGCACCCUCACGCUCGACGCCGGCGCCUGCAAGGCUCUGGCGCGCGGCAACUCGCUCUUCUUCGCGGGCGUGUCCGCGGUGACGCACCCGUUCUGCGAGCGCGACGCGGUGCGCGUGCUCGACUCGGCGGGCCGCGAGCUCGCGCGUGCAGUCGUCAACUAUGGCUCCGAGGCGUGCGCCGCGCUGGCGGGCCGCCAGUCGCGCGAGAUCUUCGACGAGCUAAAGUACCACGGACCGGACGAGCUCGCGCACAGGCGCAACAUCGUCCUCCUCACCGCGGCCGCGGGCGAGGCAGUAAAAGGGUGA